AUGGCGGUAGGUCGCGCGACCGGUAACCGUGACGACAGUUCUCGCCUGCCGCCACUGAGCCUCGGACUGUCCAGCGUCCGAUUCAUUGUCAACAAACUCGAAGCGGAAUACGCACGUGUUACAGCGGCCGACACUUUCGAAUCCUGCCAAGAACUUGUCAAAUACGACCCGAACAUCGACGAGGGCUACGACGAUUACGAUGACUCUCUUCUCGGUCAACCGAGAGGACAAGUCUGGAAUCGCUUCGUAACGAACCUAGGAUUGGCUUUGAGCAAAUGCAUUCCUAGUGUCUCGUUUGGGAACUUUGGCCUGUUCGCUAUAACGACAGGAUUCUUCGCACCGAAGAUGAUCACUUAUCUGGUGGUGUAUCCGUUUUGCAGAUUGGUUUUCGGGACCCUCUACCCGGCUUAUGCAUCAUACAAAGCUGUCCGGACUAAGAACUUAAAGGAAUACGUAAAAUGGAUGAUGUAUUGGAUAGUGUUUGCUUUAUUCACUUGCACGGAGACGUUCACGGACGUGUUCCUGUCAUGGUUUCCCUUCUAUUACGAGGUGAAGAUAGUCCUGGUACUGUGGCUGUUGUCUCCCGCCACCAAGGGCUCCUCCAUACUGUACAGGAAGUUUGUGCACCCGGCACUCUGCAGGCGGGAACAAGAAAUAGAUGAGUACAUAGCGAAGGCCAAAGAUCAGGGUUACCACACAGUGCUCAAUUUGGGCACUAAAGGAGUCAACUAUGCGACCACGGUUAUCAUGCAGACUGCCAUAAAAAACUUGAAUCUGCCGAGUCCCGAGCAAGAUAGAGAGGCGCGCGCUAGACAAGCGAUCAGAGGACGUGACGUCCCUGACGGCGGCUACCAGGAUACCUAUGAUGACUUGGAGUACCAGCGCUCAGAUCUACCUGGCAUUGUGGAAAUAGUUGAGCUAGAUCGAGACGAUGAGCCACAGGACUAUCGGACUGGCGCUGGGGACGAUCAUGAUCCAGACUACGAACCUGAAGAAACGUCGGCGCGGAGUCGGGGCAACGUCGUUCGUAAACGUAAAGUUGCUAAAGAGAAACGACCUCGGAGCAAGUCCCGAGGUCGCCGCACCAGGUCUCAAACGGCCGUAGACAAAGAAAACAAUGAAAUUAUGGUCGAAUGA